CGCCAACUCGGUUCUAUCUACUCGGCCUCUGAGCGCCAAACAACUUUUCUCAGGUUCAAAUCUCAGAGAUACCAGGAGUUACUCCGACCAACAGUCAAGAUGUGCGGAAUCUUUGCUUGCCACAACCACCCAGAUGUCGCCAAGUUCAAGCCUACGGCUCUGAAGCUUUCCAAGGCCAUCCGUCACCGUGGUCCUGAUUGGAGCGGCAGCGUCACUUGCCACAACACCAUUCUGUGCCAUGAGCGUCUCAGUAUCGUCGGUGUUGAGAGCGGUGCUCAGCCCCUCACCAACGCCGAUGAGAGCAUUGCCGUUGCCGCCAACGGCGAGAUCUAUAACCAUCGUCUUAUCCGCAAGCACUUGAAGAACCCCUACCACUUCAAGACCACUUCAGAUUGCGAGGUCAUCAUUCCUUUGUACCUCGAGCACGGCAUCGAUGCCCCCAAGUACCUCGAUGGCAUGUUCUCUUUCGUUCUCUACGACAAGAACCAGGACCGCACGAUCGCCGCCCGCGACCCCAUCGGUAUCACCACCCUUUACAAGGGCUACAACUCCCAGGAGCCCGGCGCCGUCUACUUCGCCUCCGAGCUCAAGUCCCUCCACCCCGUUUGCGACAAGAUCGAGGCUUUCCCUCCCGGCCAUGUUUUCGAUAGCUUGACUGGCGAGACCACCCGCUACUUCGAGCCCUCGUGGUGGGAUGAGAAGAAGUGCCCCCAGACUCCUCUCGACCUCAAGCUUCUCCGUGAGACUCUUGAGAAGUCCGUCAGGAAACGUCUGAUGGCUGAGGUUCCCUACGGUGUCCUUCUUUCCGGUGGUCUUGAUUCCUCUUUGGUUGCUGCUAUCGCUCAGAGGGAGUCCCUCCGCUUGAGGAAGCUCGCUGAGGAGCAGGCUGCCAACCAGGAGGUUGACCCCGAGGCUCAGGACAAGGGUGAGGGUCUGGUCGGUAUCGAUGAUGAUAACAAGCUCUCGACCGUCACUUUUCUUCCCCAGCUCAACUCCUUCUCAAUCGGUCUCCCCGGCUCCCCCGACAACAAGGCCGCCCUCGAGGUCGCCAAGUUCCUCGGCACCAAGCACCACGUCAUGACCUUCACUAUUGAGGACGGUCUUAACGCGCUUUCCGAUGUCAUCUACCACCUCGAGACCUACGAUGUCACCACCAUCCGUGCCUCUACCCCCAUGUACCUCCUUUCUCGCAAGAUCAAGGCCAUGGGUAUCAAGAUGGUUCUCUCGGGUGAGGGCUCUGACGAGAUCUUCGGUGGUUACCUCUACUUCCACGGUGCUCCCAACAAGGAGGAGUUCCACGAGGAGUGCGUCCGUCGCGUCAAGAACCUCCACUUGGCCGACUGCCUGCGCGCCAACAAGUCCACCUCUGCUUGGGGUCUUGAGGCCCGUGUGCCCUUCCUCGACAAGGAGUUCCUCGAGGUUGCUCUUAACAUCGAUCCCCAGGAGAAGAUGAUCACCAAGGAGAAGCUCGAGAAGUACAUCCUCCGCAAGGCCUUCGACACCAAGGACCAGCCCGAGGGUGCCUACCUCCCCGACAACAUCCUCUACCGCCAGAAGGAGCAGUUCUCCGACGGUGUCGGCUACGGAUGGAUCGACGCCCUCAAGGACCAGGCCGAGCUCCAAGUCACCGACGAGAUGAUGAAGAACCCCAAGCCCGAGUGGGGCGACGACAUCCCCGAUACCAAGGAGGCUUACUGGUACCGCUGCAUGUUCGACGAGCACUUCCCCCCUUCGUGCGCGUCUACCGUCAUGAGGUGGACUCCCAAGUGGGUUAAGCAGACCGACCCCAGUGGCAGAGCCAUCUCCAUCCACCAGGCCAAGUAUGACCACGUGGAGGAGUAAAGCAAACAACAAAAUAAAAUAAAAAGGGAAACAACAUUUAAAAGUUAGAAUGUUUUUGUGCUUGGUCUCGGGUUUACAUUGUAGGGCGUUAUAUGGGGUCAAAGUAAAAGGAUCGCGUAUACCUAUACUAGCAAGCAACCCAGCAUAGAAAUGAAAGCAAAAAGUGAUCAAAAACAUCAUGUGC